CUUGAAUUUUGGCUCUAUAGGCCAUUUGCUUGGCCUUCAUUUCUUUAGUCCCGGGCAAUAUGCUCUCACUAUGCACCCUUAUGUCUCUUCUCUUCUAUCUCUUCAGCCUUCUGGACGCUAAGUCAAGCACUGGCAAUUCAGUACUCGUCGUUCUUGAUCCUGCUGCGCAAAGCCAGUUCUCGAUAUUCUUCGACGGCCUGAAAGAUUCUGGAUAUGAACUUACCUUCCGUGGCCCAAAGGAGGAGGGACCGCUUCUAAUUGAGGACGGCAUUGCAUCGUUCGCCCAUGUUAUCGUCUUUGCCUCCGACACCAAAAACUUUGCAAAAGACAUCACACCUCAAAACCUCGUCCAGUUACUCUCACUGAACACCAACCUUUUGAUCGCGCUUUCUCCAAAACAAACCAUGCUUUCCUCGCUUGCGGCCGAGUUUUCUCUCAUCCUUCCACCUCCUGGUACUCCCCUCAUCUCCCACUUCCCCGAGAGGGAUGAACCCGCCAAUGUCAUUCCCAUCUCAGUGCCUGCAGAUUCACCUCUGCUGACUCCCAAUACACCACCAGUAUGGUUCUCUGGCAUUCCAUUCGCGCGUGGAAACAACCCGCUCAUCGUUCCCAUCUUGAACGCCCCGGAAGAAAGCUUUGCUGCAGACUCUGACAGUUCCAGCGAUACACUAGCCGACGCCGCAGAGAAGGGUGGUGAAGGACUCUGGGCAGGUAGCCAGCUUGGUGUCGUAUCUGGUUUCCAGGCGCUGAGCGGCGCGCGUGUGACCUGGGUUGGUGGUGUGGAUUUGUUCCGUGACAAGUUCGCAAACAAAGAAAUAUCCAAGGGCGUGAAAUCUGGCAACAUGCAGUUCGCGCGUGAUGUCGCUGCUUGGACUUUCCAAGAAUCUUUGGUGCUGCGCAUCGAGGAUGCUGACCAUUAUAUCGCGAAUACUACGAUUUCCAAAGAACAAUAUACCAUCAACGACCCUAUUGUCUACUAUGCGGCCAUUUCUCGAUACAAUCCGAAGGAGGAUGCAUGGGAGCCGUAUUCCGACAUCAAGGAUAUGCAACUCGAAUUCACUAUGCUGGACCCGCAUAUCCGCACUACUCUACCACCCGUAGCAGGAAAACCAGGCAUUUACUCCACACAAUUCCGCGCGCCUGACCGACACGGUGUGUUUAAGUUUGUAAUUGACUACAAGCGCAAAGGAUGGACGCACCUUCAUCAUUCAAUCACUGUAGCUGUCGUGCCGCCACGGCAUGACGGAUACCCGCGAUUCCUCGGUGCAGCUUGGCCAUACUACGCUGGUGCUAUAAGCACGAGCGUCGGGUUCUUCUUGUUCUCUGCGAUGUGGCUCGCUGGUGAUGUACGCCAGUCGAAGACAAGUAAAUCCCAAAAGACAGAAUAGAUGGUACGGUCAAUGUAUUUAAAUUGCGUGCGAAUUGAGCUGCUUUUUUUUCUGGGUAAA